CAUCGAAGAGAGAAUACAUCUCACACUCCGUCUCGGUCUCCACCUACGCCGUUCCCUCGUCGAGUCACGCCGAGGUUUCGGUUUCCGGCUUAAGUCUUCAGCAUCCACCCACACCGUUAUCGUUCCUACGGGGAGUGCGUGCUUAAAGGACUUCCGUUCUCCAACAAUAUGACUUGUCACUUCGGGACCGAUCUCGGUCAGGAUUACGAAAAAAACCGGUGGUGGAAAUUCGAGGAACUUGAGAACGGUGCACAAAUCUAGAUCGAGAAUAAAGAAGAGAAAAAAAUGUGGAGCUUAUUCGAUGUCCUACUAUGUGUCACGUGAUAAUGCGUAUGAUGUAAGGCGAAAAAGAAAAAGAAAGAUAGAGAGAGAGAGAGAGAGAGAGAGAGAGAGAGAGAGAGAGAGAGAGAGAGAGAGAUGCUAUGAUCAUCGUUGCGACAACCGUUUAUGGCAAUUUCUUGGAUUUUUUUAUAAAACCUCUUUUCAUAUUAAUGUCCAUUGUGGCGUCUAUAGGAACGGUAAUACCUCUCUUGCAAAAGUGCCGAUACGAUUAGCGUAUCAAUGGUAAUUGCUGCUUCGUAACAAAGGAAAAAGAGUGCAAAGUGCGGGAAAGGAGUGCGAAGAAUUAUUUUUUUCAACCAGAGAGGUUGAUUUGGUCCAUUCGUUGUUUAUUUGCACGGACGCGCGAUAUACAAACGAAAAAUGCCGAGAAAAAGAGGUCUUUCUACUCCCGAAGCGCGAACAGGAAACUUCCAGAUCAAAGCAUGCAGGGAUAAUCCAUGGAUUUGUGGAAAGGAAGCGGCCUGCCGUAGCUUCGCGGACAACACAUCGAAAUGUGUGUGUCCUCAUGACUUAUCGUUACCGACAUCAGAUUUAAGAUGUCCAAAUCGUCUAAUCGUUCCUUUAACGCCUCGUCCUAUAUAUAACAUAAUACCUCCAAGCGGCAACAACAGCACAAAUAGCACGAAUGUACUUCCGGAAGCUAAACAGGUAGUGGGAUUGAAAUACAAAGUACCUGAAAUCAUAGGAGUAGUUGUAGCUUUCGUCGCGGUAAUUGUGCUCUUAUUAAGCAUUGUAUAUGGCGUAAGAAGACGGAGUUACAACAUCAAAUCGCAAAGAAGUUCUUUAGAUGGAACUCCAAUAAAUCUGAAGAAAGACUUAUUAUUAGCGCAUAAGUACACGUCUAAUCCUCAAUAUUUUACCUGCACGCCUCCGGGGGUUCCGAUAAUACAACGUGAAAGUCUUAUAUUUCUUCACGACAUCGGCGAAGGGUGCUUUGGAAAAGUUUACAAAGGCGAGUGGCACAAUGGAGACACGAAGGAGAUUGUGGCUAUAAAAGUUCUAAAAGAUACUGCCACGCCCGAAACCGAGCAGGACUUUAUGCGCGAAGUAGACAUCAUGUCUACGUUCGGCCAUACGAACAUUUUGUCCUUAAAGGGCAUGGUACUUCGAGAUGCGACAAAUAAUCCGUGGAUGGUAUUCGAAUAUAUGCCGUAUGGUGACCUCGCCGAAGUACUACGGACAAAUUCCUCACAAUUAAGAUCGUCGAAACCUGAAUUACAGCCAUUAACGAAGGACUCGCUACACUGGAUAUCGAUUCAAAUUGCGACCGGCAUGACGUACCUGUCGGCGCAAAGAUUCGUGCAUCGUGAUUUAGCGUGUCGAAACUGUCUGGUGGGCUCAGGCUUAAUAGUGAAAAUCGCUGAUUUCGGCAUGUCACGAGAUAUUUACACUUGCGACUAUUACAAGAUUGGAGGAUCACGUUUGCUGCCAGUACGUUGGAUGUCGCCGGAAAGUGUAGUAUAUGGCAGGUUCACGUUAGAGACCGAUGUAUGGAGUUUUGGUGUAGUUCUUUGGGAAGUUUACUCAUUUGGAAAGCAGCCGUACUACGGAUUCAGUAACGAAGAGGUCGUAAAACUCAUACUUCAAGGGACGAUGCUUAUUCCACCAGACGAGUGUCCGUCCAUCGUUUGCCAAAUAAUGCACGAUUGUUGGAAGAUCGAACCGCGGGAACGAAUCAAGUUUCCCGAUAUUCUGGAGAAGCUGGAAAAAGCACAAAACGAAUUGACCCGGCAAGGAACGCUGCCCAGACCGCCGCAAGGUCCAGUGCUGCUACGGACCCCGGCCGUUUUGGAUCCGGAUGGCUAUUUGCUUCCGGCUCCUGCGAUCCCUCGCGAGUAUCUGCAGGCCCUUCCAGCUGUGUCCGAUUGAUAUAUUUGUGACAGUAAAAGAAAUAUUGAAACUUCAACUUUCAAAAUUAUUUCGUGCGAGUAAAGCGUGAUACAAAUUUGAUGUGCGUGAAAAAUAAACCGAUAAGAAAUAUGAAGCCUAUAGAAUCCCUACAAAGUAACGAAAACUAAGGUCUCUGAAAC